AUGCAACUCACCCUCCUCCUCGCCCCUCUUCUCGCGGCCUCCGCCCUCGCAGCCCCGACCGAGAUCUCCACCCGCCAAACCCGCACCCUGCGCGUGCAACUCUCCAACGACGCCACCGACGCCGCUGUCCAGGCCAACAUCCCCGCAAACGGCAUGCGCAUCUCCAUCCGCGCCAAUUUCGGUAAUCUGGGGUCACCCAUUCGCGCGAACCGCGCACUGAUUGUGGGGAGCGGGAGUGGGAGUUGUAGCAUCUUUAGCGAUGCUGCGGCUACGAGGAGGAUUGCUACUAUUGUGCCCGGUGGCGCUGAUGCGGAGUUCGGUAACACGAACCUUGAUAAUGGAGUUAUUAUUUGCCAGUAA